AUGAGUGAGGUAGGGGUGCACAUUUAACCUCGAACACGUUUCCACACGUUGAUGUUUACAUCAUGCAUUGUUUUCAUUCCUCCCGCCUCUUCAUAACUCAAGAAUAAGAACGAUAUUUAACGAAUUUCCACGUGAAUGAGAAGAUUCAUUUUCGGAUUUAACUACCAUUCACCCAUAAAAUUACUAAAAAUGCCCUAUUAUGCUGUGGCAAAAGGUCGUAAUCCUGGCAUUUACAUGUCUUGGGAUGAGUGUAAAGCACAAGUGGAUAGGUUUCCUGGGGCUGCUUUUAAGAAAUUCAAUUCACAAGCAGAGGCUCAGACCUUUAUUGGUGGCGGCUCCUCAGGGGCUGGGGGAAAAGAGAGGACUGAAAAAGCAUCAGCGAGGUACCAGCCCUAUUCAACAACUCCCAGAGACAACAAGAUGAAGAGGACUGAGAAGAAGAAGAGAGAGGGUUCCCCUGACAUGGAAGAGUUCCUGCGUUUCGAGAAAGGGAGGAAGGGUUUUGAAGAGGGUCGCAAGUAUCCCAUUGCUUUUACGACUGAUUCUGAGGGUCGUGUGGACAUUUUCACUGAUGGCGCAUGCUCUGGGAACGGAUAUGAUGGAGCCAAGGCUGGUUUUGGGGUCUACUUUGGAGAUGAUCAUCCUUUAAAUGUUGCUAAACCAGUGGUAGGUCGUGCAACAAACAACAAUGCAGAGAUUCAGGCUGUGACAGAGGCCGCUCUAAUCUCCAAGAAGCAUGGAAUCAGCAAGAUAAGAAUAAACACUGAUUCCCAGUUCCUGAUUAGUUGCCUGACCCAGUGGAUGCCUGGGUGGAAGCGCAGGGGCUGGAAAACCUCAUCCAAUCAACCUGUAAUAAAUAAAGAGGAGUUGAUGGCGAUGGAGAAGGCUCUCGCUGGAUUGGAUUAUGAAUUCUAUUUUUUGAAUACAGAAUCACGUGAGAGGACAUUCUGGUAUCCAGGGGAAUGAGGAAGCUGAUAAAUUGGCUCGAUUGGGAGCUGAAUCUUAUAGAAACUGAAGGGACAACGUUUUGCCACGUUCCAGGGGCGAUUUAUAUUUAUCUUGAGCAUUUUGCAAGUGUUUGUACCUGAGUGAAUCAUUUUCUUUGUUACUUUGUUUAUUUAAGAUGCUUGAAAUGUAAUUUAAGAAACUUGAAUCCUGUUUAAGCGAAUGAAAUACACGUAAGAAAUGAAGAAAGAAACUUUAGAAAAAAAAGGUACUUUUUUGAGGUUUUUUUGUCAUUUCUUUUCGUUGAGUUUUCAACAUUUUUAGUUGACCGUCAAAGCUUCUAUUUAGGCUUCACAUGAUCGUAAUUUAGAGAACAAUUCUACUGAUUUUAUUAUUUGAAUAUUAGUGCAUUGGUCCAAACGAGUGAAGAUUAAUUUAAGAAAAAUAAAAAAAAUUCAUUCAUUUUUACAAAUGAGUGAAAAUUAAUUUUUA